UAUGCCUAAAAUUACAUCGAGAUCAUCGAAAUCCAACACCUCCUCCCAGAGACUUCCAAAAAGAUAUAAUGCGUUUCCGUGCAGAAUCUGUAAGCGACCACAUCCUUUGCGAACAUGUAGGAAAUUUCUGGCAAUGAAUAUAAACGAUCGCAUACGUGCAGUCCGCGAGCAUAGGUACUGCUCAAACUGCCUAGCUCAUGACCAUUCCCAUGGCACAUGCUUUUCUGGACUUGGAUGCAAACAUUGCCAUAAAUUUCAUCAUACCUUAUUGCAUGUUAAUCCACGACUAGUAAAAGAUUUAUUGCCCCGUCGUUCACGUUCACGCUCACGCUCUCCGUCUCCGCAACGCCCUUCAACGUCCAAAAAAAACCGUUCGUCCAGACCCAAGGAAGAGGACUCACUACCUUCGACAUCAAAAUCAGCAUCUCUAACUUCGAUCUUACGUCAAAACACAUUGGUUCUUUUACCGACAGUUCUCGUAAAAGUAUCUUCUACGCAUGCUCGAUGCUUGCUUGACUCCGCAUCUACAGUUAGCAGAGUUUCGAAGAAAUUUGUCGACAAGUUGGAUUUGACAGCUUUUACACUCCGCGAAGAAACUAUUUGUCCGAUUACUCUAAAAUCCAGAUUCGAUUCGUCUUCCAAAAUCGAGGGAACAUUUCGGGUAGACAAUCGGAUAGCUCUACGAACUCCGUCUGAAUCCCUUCCAGAAAACUAUAAAAACCAUUUCCGUGAUAUGUUCCUCGCAGACUCAAAAUUUAACGAAUCGGGCUCUAUUGAUAUAAUUAUCGGCGCAGACCUUUAUCCUAAGGUAAUUCGUGAGGGAUUUUUCUCGAAAACAGGCUUUCCCACUGCUCAAAGCACUAUCUUUGGUUGGACUAUUUAUGGUCCCUGUUCAUUAUAAAUCUGAAAUGCACUUUCAUACACGCAAAAUACCAA